AUGGUUCAGGAGUAUGUUUCACCCGUGAGGGUACACAAGUAUCCCUUCGAAAUGGUUAUGGCUGCGUACGAGCGUCGUUUCCCAAGCUGUCCCCAGAUCCCGGUUGUGAUAGACUGUGUGAUCACCGAGGACAGCUGGUCCGCAGACGACUCCCAGCGACAGACCACCAGGAGGUGCCAGCUCAAUGUGGACGCGCCAUACCUGCUCAAGAAGAUGAUCGGUGUGGACUAUAUUUACUUCAUCCAAAAGAACAGCCUGGACCUGAGGAGUCGUGUGCUGGAGAUAGAAGCCACAAACGAGACCUUCGCCUCCAGGGUCUCGGUCGUUGAAAACUGUCGCUAUUUCGUACACCCAGAGAAUUCUGAGUGGACUUGUUUCGAGCAGAGAGCGUUACUCGACGUCAAGAACUUCUUCGGCCUCGAGAACACGGUCGAGAAGAUAGCCAUGAAGCAGUACGCUGCUAACAUAGCCAAGGGCAAGGAGCUGAUCGAGAUCUUCAUGCAAGGAGUUCACGAGGACGGUGUGAAGGAACUGAAGCCCUGGUCGGCUUCCGACCCUCGGAACAACAGGGAGCUGAGGCGUGUGGUUUCCAGGGGCACGGAGCCUUUGUCACCACGACCAGCGGCGGACGCCAAGAGACACUCGAUACCAGAUUCAUACACCCUGGACAGCGAGUACAUCAAGAGGUACCUCGGCGAGCUGACUCCCACCCAGGAGGCGAGGCUGCUGCAGCUCAGGAAGUGGAUCGCGGAACUGCAGAAAGGAAAGGUGCCAAGUGACACGACUCUGCUCCGUUUCCUUCGAGCUCGUGACUUCAGCGUGGAGAAGGCUCGUGAGAUGCUGUCCCAGAGUCUGUUGUGGCGCAAGAAACACCAGGUGGACCGGCUGCUGUCGGAGUACCAGACACCGGAGGUGGUCAGGCAGUACUUCCCCGGAGGCUGGCAUCAUCAUGACAAGGACGGACGUCCGCUCUACAUACUUCGACUUGGACAAAUGGACGUCAAGGGUUUGUUGAAAUCAAUCGGAGAAGAUGGCCUCUUGAAGUUGACGCUCCACGUAUGUGAAGAAGGUCUCAAGCUGCUGGAGGAGGCUAGCAGGUCUAUGGAACGCGCGGUGCAGGCCUGGUGUUUACUGGUGGACCUGGACGGACUGAACAUGCGGCACCUGUGGCGGCCCGGGGUGCGCGCCUUGUUGAGGAUCAUACAGAUAGUGGAGGACAACUACCCGGAGACGAUGGGCCGGGUGCUCAUCGUGCGCGCGCCCAGGGUCUUCCCUAUACUAUGGACCAUUGUUAGCACUUUCAUUGAUGAAAACACCCGCAGUAAGUUCUUGUUCUACGGCGGCAAGGACUACCUCCAGCCCGGAGGUUUGCUCGAUUAUAUUCCCAAAGAUCUCAUACCAGACUUCCUUGGAGGACCUUGCAAGAGCUUCGUCCACGAGGGCGGGCUGGUGCCGAAGAGUUUGUACGUGAGUGGAGCCUUUACCGAGCGAGACGGAGACCCGCUCAGUGAAGACAGCAUAUAUAAGUCAGUCAGUCUGGCGAGAGGACAGGUCCACGAGGUGGUCGUACACAACAGAGACCCGCACAGCGUGCUCACCUGGGACUUCGACGUGCUGCGGCACGACGUGUACUUCAGCGUGUACAGGACCAGCAAGGAGCUGCAGCACACGGAACAGCCCGCCGCUGGUGAUGAGAGCCGCUCGGUCCUAGAGGGAGCUGGUCGCGAGGGUGAGCACUACCACCGCGUGGAGACGGCGCUGCUGUGUCACGACGGAGAGAGUAUACAGGGUUCCCACGUGAUGUCCUCGCGAGGCAGCUACGUGCUCCAGUGGCGGUGUGAGGGCGCGCGGGGCCCGGACGGAGCUCAGCUGGUGUACUUCCACGAGACGCUCGCCAGCCACCACUACCGCGGGUCCAUGUCGAGCCUGCAGUCCGCCACCAGCGGCUUCUCCUGCCUCAGCGGGUCCAGUUCGUGUCCGUCCCGGUGA